AUGACCAUGAACCCCUAUCUUAGCUGGGCCAUCCUGCUCGUGGUAGCAGGUGGUCUGGGCUGGUACUACACCAAUGGCUCGACCCCGAAGGCCAAGACAGCAGUCCGAACUGCUGUAGAGAAGACAGAGGCCGUGGUAGCGCCCAAGAAGCAGAAGCGCAAGCCCAAGGCGCCCGAGCCAGCUGUGGCCAAGAAGCCUGAGGUGAAGACUGUGGUUUCUCCCCCCACCACCGAGGAUGACCAGCCGGACGAGGAUGUUGACCGUAAGGAGAUGGCCCGCCGCCUGGCUGCCAUCAAGAACGGCACCUCCCCCGCUCUCGCGCCCUCCUCCAAGAGCCAGAAGAAGAAGGCGAAGAAGGCUGCUCAGCUCGAGAGCGGCUCCCACGCUUCCUCGACCACCGGCGCCGACGCAGACGAUGACCUCUCCCCCGCUGCCUCCCCCGAGGUCAACGCCACUGUCCCCUCCGCUGGAUACGUUUCUGACAUGCUCGAGGCCCCCGCCCCCGGUGCCUCGGUCCUCCGUGUGACCGGUAACAUCGAGUCUGAGCCUAAGAAGCAGAAGGUGCAGAACUUCAAGCAGGUGGAGACCAAGAAGCAGCGUCAGAACCGUAUUAAGAACGAGGCGCGCAAGCAGCAGGUCCAGGAGGCCGAGGAGCAGCGCCGGAAGCUGUUGGAGAAGCAGCUGCACACCGCUCGCGAGUUCGAGCGCCAGGAGGCUGCUCGUUCUAAGCCGCCCACCAGCAACGCCUGGCAGACCCAGGGCGCCAAGCCCGCCGUCAACGGCUCUUCUCAGCCCGCCCCCGCUGCUGCUCCUGCUACUGCCGCGCCUGUGCAGCUCCUCGACACCUUUGAGCCCUCCGCUGCCGCUCCCGCCCAGAAGAAGUGGGACCAGAACCUGCCCUCCGAGGAGGAGCAGCUGCGCAUUCUGGAAGCCUCCAGCGUUGACGAUGACUGGACUACCGUCUCCAAGAAGGUCAACAAGAAGAAGGGCGGCAAGGCUGACGAGAGCGUCAGCGAGGCCAGCGCCUCCGAGUCCCAGCCCGCUCCCGUGGCUCCCGUCGCCGUUGAGCCUCGUGUGACCGUGACUCCUACCUAUCUCCCGGAUAUCCUCCGCUCUCGGGAGAAGGGCCACCCGCUGGACUCUGACUGGGCUGCUUGA